UCCUCGAAUGGAGUUUCUCUGUGUCUGCAUGAGAUUUGUGAACAUUUUGUUAUCACAGAGAACAAGUUUGGUUCAGUUUUAAUUCAAAUUUCGGAAAAUUUAUACGGAAUUUCUUACGUUCCCCAGUUUUUGCAUAAUAUUCUGCCCUUUUUUUUCAGGAUGAAUCGUCUGAGCAUUUUGCCUCGUGGUUUCGGCUCGUUUCAAUCGCUCGAAGUGCUGGAUCUGACCUACAAUAAUCUCUCAGAGAGGAGUUUGCCCGGCAAUUUUUUUUUCAUGACAAGCCUCCGUGCGCUAUAUUUGGGCGAUAACGACUUCGAGUAUUUGCCGUCGGAUGUGGAAAAUCUGUCGAGUCUUCAGAUUUUGGUACUCAGGGAGAAUGACCUCGUUGCAUUACCCAAAGAAAUUGCAAAGCUUUAUAGGCUGAGAGAACUGCAUAUUCAGGGUAAUCGUCUCACAGUUCUGCCUCCAGAACUGGCUUCGCUGGAUCUCAUAGGACCGAAACAAGUCUUUAGACUUGAGAAUAAUCCUUGGGUGCAGCCCAUUGCUGAGGAAUUGGUCCAUGGUCCUCAAGCGUUGAUGGAUUAUCUGCGCUCUGACACCUACAAAUACCAGUAUGGAAGACAGGAGUCGGGCGCCCUGCCAGUACCACCGAAGUCCCGAAACAAGGACAAGAAGAUCAGUAGACAGCAAAAUAAGCAAGGCUGCUAG